GCCGUUGAGUUAACACGUCUCUCUCUUACGCAAAAAUAAAAUAUAGAUUUUAUUUUCUUCGAUUCGAAAAUCAGAAGUAAAAGUGAAUUUUAAGUGAAUUUCUUGAAUUUUUUUUUUCAAAAAAAAAAAUCAAUUAUUUCGUUCAGUGCUUUUUUUAUAAAAAAAAAAGAAAACAAAAAUGGCAGAAUUUGCGAAAAGUGAAGUGAAAAAUUACAACAGUUGCCCGUUGAAAAAGCGGCCAAUUAUGUUUUUGGAUCCUGUUGUGGAUAGCCAACCAGAACAAGACGAACCAGUUAAUUUGUGCGUCCGUAAAGUGAACAAAGAGGAGCCAACAUCGUAUGUGAACAAAGUUCGCUCGAUGCCAUUAAAGGAUAUUACUACGCAUAAUCAACAAGAUCGCAUCCGUUAUGCUCCAUACAAAAUCGAAGAAGCUCGCGUUCCAUAUGUUAAACAAGAAUUGUACAAUCUAUUACCUGGAUAUGCAGCUAAUACAACAAACACAUUAAAUUAUACACAAAUAUCACCACCACCAUCGGCCUCAUCGAUCAAAUCAGAACCAGAAUAUUGGCAAUCAUUUUCACGUGAACCAUCAAUGUCUCCACCAUCGAAUCGUGUAUUUGUUCCAUCACCGCCACCAAUGAAAAUUGCUACCGUUCAUCAAUAUGCUGCCGUCAACAAAACUCAUCGAUAUGCACCAUACGUCAGCCGACAACAUCACAUCGUCGAGGAAUACCACAGCAGCAUGUCGCCAACACACAGCCACAGUUCAUUGGGCGGUUCAUCAACGCGCAGCUCAAUGUCACCAGCAUCAUCAAUUGAAGAUCCAUACACCAUGAUGCAAGCAAAUGCUGUAAGUACAAACAAACCAACCGAAUUGCCACGCUACCAAUGUUCCGACUGCAACAAAUCAUAUUCGACGUACUCGGGAUUGACAAAACACAAGCAAUUCCAUUGCACAGCAUCACCAAACAACCAAGCCAAGAAAUCAUUCGACUGCCAAUUCUGUCCGAAAACUUACACAUCGUUGGGAGCAUUGAAGAUGCACAUCCGAACACACACCAAACCAUGUAAGUGCCAUUUGUGCGGCAAAGCAUUUUCACGACCAUGGCUAUUACAAGGCCACAUUCGCACACAUACUGGUGAUAAACCAUUCAGUUGCCAGUUUUGCCAUCGAGCCUUCGCCGACAAAUCAAAUUUGCGCGCACAUCUACAAACUCAUUCAGAUGUGAAAAAAUACAGUUGUUCAACAUGCAGCAAAACAUUCUCAAGAAUGUCACUGCUCACCAAACACAUGGAAAGUGGCUGCCCCGGUUUGCACGAACAACACCAUUAAUAAUUAAGAUUUUUUCCAUUAAGGUUUAAUUAUAAGUUACAUUUUCUUCAUCAUUUUUGUAAUUUAAUAUAUGCUCCUUUGCCAUUUUGUAUUUUAUAAGGAAAUUCAUUCGAUUAGAGUUAAGUUGCGCUAGAAAUUGCAUCAUUGUUAGAGAAUACCAAAAAUAGUUAAGGCGAGAAUGCGAACAUACAAUUUAAAAAAGUAAAAUAAUGUUGUUCCUAGUCAUAUUUAUGUUGCUUAAUUGGACUUUUUAAGGCUUUUAGAUGUUUAGGUAUUUAUGGUUAAUUUAUUUAUUGUGCCUUGCA